AUGGUUGUGUAUUUGAAAGAGAGCAAGAAUGUAUGGAUCAGUUCCAUUAACCACUACUACAACAAUGGCACCACGAACAACAACAACACCAGCGCCUACUGUGUCAUCUUCAAGACCACCACCUACUACAACCAAUGGAUCAGUUCCAUUAACCACUACUACAACAAUGGCACCACGAACAACAACAACACCAGCGCCUACUGUGUCAUCUUCAAGACCACCACCUACUACAACCAAUGGAUCAGUUCCAUUAACCACUACUACAACAAUGGCACCACGAACAACAACAACACCAGCGCCUACUGUGUCAUCUUCAAGACCACCACCUACUACAACCAAUGGAUCAGUUCCAUUAACCACUACUACAACAAUGGCACCACGAACAACAACAACACCAGCGCCUACUGUGUCAUCUUCAAGACCACCACCUACUACAACCAAUGGAUCAGUUCCAUUAACCACUACUACAACAAUGGCACCACGAACAACAACAACACCAGCGCCUACUGUGUCAUCUUCAAGACCACCACCUACUACAACCAAUGGAUCAGUUCCAUUAACCACUACUACAACAAUGGCACCACGAACAACAACAACACCAGCGCCUACUGUGUCAUCUUCAAGACCACCACCUACUACAACCAAUGGAUCAGUUCCAUUAACCACUACUACAACAAUGGCACCACGAACAACAACAACACCAGCGCCUACUGUGUCAUCUUCAAGACCACCACCUACUACAACCAAUGGAUCAGUUCCAUUAACCACUACUACAACAAUGGCACCACGAACAACAACAACACCAGCGCCUACUGUGUCCAUCUUCAAGACCACCACCUUCUACAACCAGUACAGCUGCAUUCCUUGGAAUUUUAUCAACUUGCAGUUCAAAUAGCCAAUGCCCUGCUCAGGCCUCCUGCCGUGUUCGUUAUCCUGACGGACUAUUGUGUAUCUGUAACGAAGGAUUUAUGGAUCAGUUCCAUUAACCACUACUACAACAAUGGCACCACGAACAACAACAACACCAGCGCCUACUGUGUCAUCUUCAAGACCACCACCUACUACAACCAGUACAGCUGCAUUCCCUUGGAAUUUUAUCAACUUGCAGUUCAAAUAGCCAAUGCCCUGCUCAGGCCUCCUGCCGUGUUCGUUAUCCUGACGGACUAUUGUGUAUCUGUAACGAAGGAUUUAUGGAUCAGUUCCAUUAACCACUACUACAACAAUGGCACCACGAACAACAACAACACCAGCGCCUACUGUGUCAUCUUCAAGACCACCACCUACUACAACCAAUGGAUCAGUUCCAUUAACCACUACUACAACAAUGGCACCACGAACAACAACAACACCAGCGCCUACUGUGUCAUCUUCAAGACCACCACCUACUACAACCAAUGGAUCAGUUCCAUUAACCACUACUACAACAAUGGCACCACGAACAACAACAACACCAGCGCCUACUGUGUCAUCUUCAAGACCACCACCUACUACAACCAAUGGAUCAGUUCCAUUAACCACUACUACAACAAUGGCACCACGAACAACAACAACACCAGCGCCUACUGUGUCAUCUUCAAGACCACCACCUACUACAACCAAUGGAUCAGUUCCAUUAACCACUACUACAACAAUGGCACCACGAACAACAACAACACCAGCGCCUACUGUGUCAUCUUCAAGACCACCACCUACUACAACCAAUGGAUCAGUUCCAUUAACCACUACUACAACAAUGGCACCACGAACAACAACAACACCAGCGCCUACUGUGUCAUCUUCAAGACCACCACCUACUACAACCAAUGGAUCAGUUCCAGCAACCACUACUACAACAAUGGCACCACGAACAACAACAACACCAGCACCUACUGUGUCAUCUCCAAGACCACCACCUACUACAACUAG